AAUAAUGACUGUUUUUCUCUUCCUUUAUUGACAAGUCUCUCUCUCACUCUCCCUCUCCCUCUCUCUCCCUCAAGCUUGUACUUGUACACAAACAACCAAUCCAAUUCUCAAAGGAAAAAGAAAGGAAUCCAGGAUUCUGAUUCUUACUUAAAAGCAUGCAAUGCGGUUGGGUUACAUCCAAAGAAAGCAAUCCCUUGCUUCACAUCCUAGGCAACACAGCAGCAGCAUGGAUGAUGCAAUGCAGUAUUACCUAUUCUUAAACCACCAAGCAAGCAAACUCGUCCAGCUGAAAGCUCUACACAUCACGGCUCCCACCCCUCCAGAUUCAGGCAGGCAAGCAAGCAAGGAAACCAACGCCAUGAACUCCACCUUGCCAUCUAUCUCCUUCCAAUCCCCCUGUUUCAAGCUUCAAUCAGCUCCUCGAUUGCGCCUCCGGCCUCCUCGACGACAGGAGACAGGAGGCGCUCACACAAGGAAACCAGGACUUCCCCUUAAGCCUGUAUACGCAGCACUCGGACCAGACAGAAAUGGCGGACUCAACAACCCCGACCGCAGAGGUGCCACCUUACCAUCUUCACCCCUGUCAGAUGUCGUCCAGGAGUUCUACUCCUCCCUCAAUGAGAAGAACAGCAAAAGGCUGGAUAAGUUGAUUGCCCCUGAUUGCGUCAUCGAGGAUACCGCAUAUUAUAAGCCACUGGAUGUCAAGUACACCCAUAUCUACUUCAAAAGACUGAUGGAAUCCAUGGGAAAGAAUGUCAAAUUUGCCAUCGAUGAGGUUUGUCAAGGUGCAGAGCACACCGCCGCAGUAAUGUGGCACCUUGAAUGGAAUGGAUACACCAUCCCCUUUACCAAGGGCUGCAGCUUCUACAUAUGUUCAGAAAAUGGAGAGGUGCUUCUUACCAGGAAAGUUCAUAUCUUUGAUGAGUCACCACUGAAACCAGGAAAAUGGGCAUUGGAAAUACUCAACAUUGUCACCAACUUACUCAACAUGUUCCCAAAAAUAGCUGAAGGUUUCCUCAAGGAUCCAGAAGCAGUAGUUCAACCUUUUGUAAAGCUCUACAAGUUUUAUGUGGAGCCUUUUAUCCUCCCAUUUCUAGCAUACUAUACCCACUUCUGGACAUUUGUGGCUCGAGGAUUGACUGUGGUGCUCCAUAUCUUGUAUAACUUAAUUAAACGGCUCAUAUAAAGAGAUGGAGUGACUGAAAUUCAGAUAAA